UUUUGCCAAUAGUACUGGAAGGAUUAUCACUUUUUCUUCUUAUUCAUCAAAUAAAUAGUGAAAAAGUUCAUUUAUUGUGAAUUCUUAAAAGGAUUAAUUAGUACAGAAAACAUCUUCGUAUAAUUCAACUACAUUCCUGUAAGAUGGAGGUGGUGUUCGGUCCGAAUUCGGUUGACGAACCGAACCUGCAAUAUAAACUACAACGUAAAAUCAAAGUGUUUAAUACUACUGAUCCACUACCAAACCGAGGAUACAACUUAGUUGCUUGUGCCAGCAAAUAUGGUAUUGUUUUUGUAGCUUCACCUGAUGGGCAUCUGACAGUAUAUCACCUACAACAACUGAUUGACAAAGAGUGUGAGCCGCAGCAUACCACUGUGAAGUUACAAGAGAAACCAACCCACAUAGCUACAAGCUGCGACCAGGAACUGCUGGCAGUAACUGGCGGGCAACUACUGUGCAUCUUUAAAGUCACCGACUUCCAAAAUCCAAAUGUAGCACCAGCCCUAACAAUAAGAUGUGAAGUCAACCCAUCCACCUUUGUGUCAGCUUUACAAUGGAACCCUUGUAUUCCUGAUACCAUCGCCAUAGCCUUCUACGACGGUACCCUUCUUGUGGCACAGGCCAGCACAUCACAAGUUGUGAAGGCUGCUUCUAAAGCAAGAUGCCUCUGCUGGAGUCCUAAAGGCAAGCAGUUUGUGACAGGCAACAGUGAUGGUACUCUCACUCAGUACAAACCGGACUUAACUCCAGCUAAGACCAUUCCUGCUCCCAAUUUGUUUGCAAAUGCGCCCGUGGAAGCAUUAGCGGUUUACUGGAUUUCAACCUUCCAGUUUGUUGCGGUCUAUAAAAAUGCUACGGAUAAUAGUCGCCCUGCUGUAACUAUCAUAAAUACGCCAAAAGCUGGCAAACCCAGCUGUCAAAACUACGAAGAUAUUUGCUACAGUAUGGGCUCCAAUAGACCUUGGUACUACUACUUGCAAGGAUUAGCGCAAUGGAAUAUUAUAAUGUCGGCAUCGUCCAAUGGCAUGGAAAUAGCGACUCUUGGGUCUGCAGAUGGAACUAAUUGGGUGCAGUGGUGUCAGAUUGAUGAAGCGAGGCCGGAGCUGCCUCUAACGGAUAAGAAACAGGAGAACUACCCUGUAGGCGUUUGUAUUGACACAUGUGCUACACAUCAAAUACAGUGGGAUGAAACCAACUUACUACCGCACAUGCCACUCCUCCACGUGGUGUCUCAGACCGGUCUGCUGUCAGUCUUCAACAUAAUCUCCCUCAACAAGCAAGCGACACAGGUCUGCUCGCCUCCGCAACAACUUGUACUUCCUGCAGCCGCUAUGACAAGUGCGAUACCAGGAGAAGCUCCUCAAGCUGCCCCGACGCCCGCGCCAGCUCCGGCCCCCGCCCCUGUUGCACCUGCACAGCCAAAGCCUCUAUUGCCCCAGCCACCACAAAUGAUGUCGCAGUUACAAGCCCAAUUGUCUACACCCAGCCAACCAGCCCCACAGUUCAGUAUACUUAACAUACCAAAACCACCAAGUUACGCACAGUCUCAGUCGCAGUUAUUUAGUACAACAGGCACAGCUCCUGUCCAAACCAUACCAAAACCGGCUCCAGUAGACGUAAAACCGACACCGGCACCUCAACCAACCGUUCAGGCAGCUGCGCCACAAAGUCAGCCUGCGGCCCCCAAACCGCAACCGGCACUGGCGCACGAAAAUGCCGCGAUAAAAGCAGAACAAGAUAAAAUAAAUGAAAUGAAAGUCAACCAAGAGUUGAAAAAUAUGCUCGUCAAAGAAGUGAAUGACUUUCAAAUGGAACUGUACAAGUUUAUGGUAAAAACUAAGGAAACUCAAGCUAGGUUACAACGAGACAUAGAUUCAAUCAACGCUAAUUUCACCUACACGUCACAAGACGCGGAACAGUUGAGGAAGGAAUGUUCCUCCGAUGAACUGCGCAACGCCAUCGUACAACUCAAGUUGGAACUAGUUCGCGCGUGCGCUGUUGUCGCUGAAGCUCGGACGCAUGCUGAAUCAAAAGACAGUUAUCAAUGGACGAAAGCAGAUCCCCUGACAACAAAACGAGUGGCGUCUGUGAAGAAGUUGGCGUAUUACGUACAAAAUCAACUCGAGCAAGCGCAGAAAUCACUCGACUUUAAGUGGAAUGAAACUGUAGCUAAAGACCCGCAGUUUAGCAAGCCAGGUCAGCGUAUGAUUCGCCCAAUCCUAGACGACGUAUACCAACCACUAGUGAAACAACAAGAGAUACUAAGUCGUCAACAAGCUGUAUUACGAACUCUAAGGAAUACGCUCAACGAGUGUGACGUCACGCCUAUGUUCAAAACCAGCUCACUAUUGAGAAGCACGCCGUUUAGGAACAAGGAUCCCCUUUCAAAACUAACGAAGAAUAUCUUAAAUAUGAGUAUUGAUGCUACUGACAGUAAGAAGAAGGAACCGCUGCUAUCUUCUCAGAAAUUAGAUGCUCUUAGAGAUAUGUUGUCUAACCAUAAGACGGUUAAAAUCAAGCCGGUUAAUGUUGAAGUGAGACAGCACUUGGCUACAAUGAGAAUGAAUUAUGAAAAGAGUAUGAAAGAGAAAGCACAGCCCAUUAAGACUGAAGUCCCAAGCCCACAGCCUGAUGUUAAACCUCUGGUUAAGCCGGUUCAACAACAACUGUUUGCGAUGCCUAAAGUCGAACCCAAGUUGGAACUGAAACAGGAGCCCUUCAAACCGGCGCCUCUCAACGUGCCAUCGUUUACCCCGGUCGGUGGAGUGAAACCCUCCAUCCCUGGGUUGACCAACGUUGCUCGAACACUGUUUACUGAUGAACCUAAACCAGAACCACCAAAACCUCAACCGCAACUGGCCCAGCCGAAGCCUGCAGCCCCUGCCUUUGCAUUCUCCAAUAGACCUGCAUCAGCUGAGACGCGCAGUGUUCUGAAAGACCUCCUACAAAGUAAACAGACGACUAAAAACGAUAGUAAUAACUUAUUCAUGGGACAGAAAAUAUGUUCACCGUCUUCGUUUUCGUCGACAACAACCGCACCAACAUCAGCACCUGCUCCAACACCAGCGUUUACAUCUAAACCCAUUGCUGACAUUAACAACAUGUUCAGUAAAUUCCAACCCCCGACAUUAGCACAAGACAAUAAACAAACUUUAGCUUCAGAACCUAAGCCCCAAUCAUUAGUACCAGAACCUAAGCCCCAACCGUUAGUAGCACAACCGAAACUUCCAUCUCUAACCGCUGAACCAAAACCUUUCGCUCCAAAACCUGAAUCAACCUCAAUAUUCGCAAGUCCCAAGUCAAGUGAGACUGGAGAGCCAGAAACUGACAGUAAACCAGCCGUAGUUAAAUCAUCGACUAUCAACAAACCACUUACAAAUCUAUUUCAACUUAAAACUUCAACACCUGCUCCAAGUCCUAUUGUUCCUGACGUCAUAAAAACUACUACAGAAGUAAAGGCUGAUGCUAAACCCGCUGAGAAAGAAAAGUCUAAAGAAAAUGUUCCUCAAAAUGUAGAAAAUAAAAUUGCACCGAAACCUGUUAGUGAAAAUAAAGAAGCUCCUAAGCCUUUGACUGCACAAACUGCUAAUAGGACGUCGAUAUUUGGUUCGGCACCUCAAGCGGUUGCUGCAAGUACCCCUAUUACCAGUCAAAGUGAACCACAAAAAUCUGUGGAAUCAAAAGGAGAUUCUUUCAAAGUACCUGAAAAGAUCGUUUCAUCUUCUUCUAAUGUUUCUUCAAUAUUUGGUAGCACCAAUGUUACAGCUCCUACUGAAACCAAAUCUCAGACCAGUGUCACACCUGAACAACCAACUUCGAAAUCAGAUACGCCAACAACAGAAUCGGCAUCUAUUGCUUCAAAACCUACACUUAAUAUUGCUGCAGCUUCUUCUACACCUUCCGCCGCUUCUGUAUUUGGAGCAGCGGUGGCUUCACAAUCAAAACCUUCAACUCCAACAUCCAUAUUUGCUACAGGUACAUCUUCGCAAGGAUCAAUAUUUGGAAGCACAUCGCCUACAUCUACAAUAACUGCUCCAGUGUUUGGUUCUACAGCUCAAUCAGUAUUUGGUAGUGCUAAUAGUACAACCAAACCUUCAGUGUUCAGUACGCCUGCACCUGCAUCGACUGAGGCUCCGUCAUCACCUCAGUCGGUAUUCAGUUCAGCUGCAGCUUCAACAACUCAAGCGGGUUCCGUAUUUGGAUCUUCCUUCACACCAUCUCCUGUUUUCGGUUCGACUGCAACUACUUCAGCUGCACCAGGCUCGCCAUCUUCAGUCUUUGGAUCUUCAACUACACAAUCCGUGUUUGGUUCUACGUUAACCACACAAGCUUCUGCAUUCGGCGCGUCAACUACUACAACUCAAUCUGUUUUUGGGACAGCCACUACGACGACACAAUCAUCUAUGUUUGGCAAUGCAGCUUCAAGUGCUACUAGUGCAUUUACAUCGACGGCUACACCGUCUUCGGGUGCACAGAGCAUAUUUGGUGCAGCAGCUAGUACGACUGCGCAGUCUGUAUUUGGAGGGCAAGGAACUUCUAUUUUUGGAUCAGCACCGCCUAACAAGACUGUGUUCGGAACAGCCACAACUCAAGCUUCUGUCUUCGGUGCGGCAACCGCUACUACUCAGUCAUCAGUGUUUGGAUCUCCUACACCGACUACUCAAGCUUCAGUUUUUGGGACUGCACCAACUACUCAGGCAUCAGUUUUCGGAAGUGCGCCGACUACACAAGCGGCGGUGUUUGGGAGUGCUCCAACUAGUCAAACAUCUGUGUUCGGCACUGCGCCAACAACUCAAGCAUCGGUAUUUGGUAGCACGCCGACUACUCAAGCUUCAGUAUUUGGUACUCCGCCUACUACAACAGCUCAGAGUUCUCUCUUCGGUGGUGGUGAAGCCAAUUUGUUUGCGGCGGCCAGUAUAUCUACAACCAGCGCUCCUUCACAGACCAGUGGCGGCAGUAUCUUCGGAGGAGGGGCCUCGACUGGUUCCGUAUUUGGCGGCGGUGGUAAUACAAACGUGUUUGGUGGUAAAGCCGCCUUUGGCCAGUCCAAUUCCACCGCGGCUGCUAUCUUCGGCGGUGGAGGAGCAACGAGCUUCGGUGAACAGAAACCUGCUACCAACUUCUGGUCUGGAGGAAGCAAUUCUGGAGGAGGAUUUGGAUCUACUGGGUUCGGUCAACAAGCUACAACGCAAGCGUCGUCAAUCUUCGGCAAUACAACAGGUGGUAGCUUUAGUACACCGUCUCCUGCUGGACAAGCGUUUGGCAGCCCACAAACCCCAGCAUUUGGAUCGCCACAGCAACAAGCAGCUCCUGCAUUCGGAGGUUCGCCUUCAUUUGGUGCUAAACCCGUAUUCGGCCAGGCUUCUGGUUUUGGGUCUCCACCUAGUGGUGGGGGCUUCGGCUCUUCAUUUGGAGGAUUCAAUAAGAGUCCUAGUGGAGGGUUCGGAGCACCAGCGGCCUUCGGAGGAGGAGCUACGUUCGGUGGCAGUCCAGCUUUUGGAAGUACGUCUCCUGGGAAAAUGUUUGGAGCUGCACAACCUACAGGUUUCGGUCAACCGACGCAGUCAAACGCUACGUUCGAGAGCUUAGCGACUCAGAACACGUUGACAUUCGGCAACCUGGCGCAACAGGCGCAGGCGCCGCAACCACAAGCUCCUACCUUCAACACGUCUCCAUCUUUCACUGGCUGGCGUGGCUAAGGGCUCGACGAGUAAUAUGUUCUCUUAAUGAAGAAACUAAAAAUGUAUAAGCGUAGUGCCAAUAUGAUAUUCGUAAUCUAUUUAAAUGUUUUAUAGCGAAAUCAUUGUAAUCUAUUGUCUGUAUUCAGUGAAUGAUAUAAUAAAACAUGUAACCAAUUCA